UUUCCGUGGCUCCGCCUGCGCCGAAGCGCGCCUCCGUCUCCUUCGGCCGCGCUCUCGGCUUCUCGUGGCUUCGAAAUUCCUCCGUUGCACGCGCACUGGUAUAAAAGGACCCCCCGCUCAGCAAUUCGUUAUGUCAGUGUCGAGCAACCCGGACAAGCGGCAGAAGAUGGAGUCGGCUUUGGACCAGCUGAAGAAGUACACCGUGGUGGUGGCGGACACCGGCGAUUUUAAUGCAAUUGAGGAAUAUAAGCCCCAGGAUGCCACAACAAAUCCCUCCCUCAUCCUGGCAGCAGCAAAGAUGUCUGCUUACCAACAUUUGCUGGACCAGGCCAUCAAAUAUGGCAUUGCUAAAGGCGGAACUGAGGAGGAACAGGUGACCAACAUCAUGGACAAGCUGUUUGUGAGUUUUGGCCUGGAGAUCCUGAAGAAAAUUCCUGGGAGAGUCUCAACUGAGGUUGAUGCCAGGCUAUCUUUUGAUAAGGAUGGAAUGGUGUCUCGUGCACUGCGGCUCAUCUCCUUGUAUGAGGAGGCGGGUGUGAGCAAAGAACAGGUUCUCAUCAAGCUCUCGUCCACCUGGGAGGGGAUCCAAGCUGGCAGAGAACUAGAAGAAAAGCAUGGAGUUCACUGCAACAUGACGUUGCUGUUCUCCUUUGCCCAAGCAGUAGCCUGUGCAGAGGCCCACGUCACCCUCAUUUCACCAUUUGUGGGCCGUAUCCUGGACUGGUACAAGGAGAACACAGACCGCAAGAGCUAUGAACCCAAUGAGGACCCGGGUGUGGUGAGUGUGACCAAGAUCUACAACUACUACAAGAAGUUUGGCUACUCCACAGUGGUGAUGGGUGCCUCCUUCCGCAACAAAGGGGAGGUUAAGGCCCUAGCUGGAUGUGACCUGCUCACAAUCUCUCCAGCACUCCUGGCUGAGCUAAACCAGGACCACAGCACUGUGGUGCCCACCCUCACAGUACAGGGAGCAAAAGCUGCUGACCUGGAACAGCUGCACCUGGAUGAGAAAGAGUUCCGUUGGCAGCACAAUGAGGAUCGCAUGGCUGUGGAGAAGCUGUCUGAUGGGAUCCGCAAGUUUGCUGCUGAUGCCGUGAAGUUGGAGAGCAUGAUCAAGGAGAAGAUGAUGAAUGUGAAGAAUGGUCAGUGAGGAAGACUUGAACUUCUAGAAGUGGGAAGGUUAUUUGGAACACCAGUGGGCCAACUCAUCCUCAUACCAGUAUGGACAGUGAUCCUAUGAGCAGCCCCUCCCUGUUAGAGGGCAGGGGUGUACAUUAGGUAAUUCCUGGGUAAAGCUGAAGAACCCUGCUGUUCCUCUACAAAUGAGGACCCUCCUGGGUUUUGUUGAUUUGAUUAGAAGUGGCCCCAGUCCAGGUUUCUCUUAACAAAAGGAUUCCCAUGAUACUCCUUCCACAGGCACAUUCCAUAGGACAGGAACUUUUUUACUGUCUAUUUUGUAAAAUUAAUAAACUGUCCAUGUUGC